AUGGACCUCUUCCAUGUUGCAUGGCUAGGCGCGAUCUUGGUUUCUCUGGUGUUGUGGAAGCUUUUCAAGCAGGUUUCAGCGCGCCAAAUCUCACCAUUGCGAGACAUUCCGGGCCCGCCUAAUGUCAGCUGGCUAUGGGGAAACUCGAAGCAGAUCUUCAAGGCAGACGUCGCUGUUUUGCAGGAGGCGUGGACACAGCAAUUCGGCAGUACCAUCAAGUACAAGGACUUUCUUAGUAACGACGUUCUCUACACCGUUGAUUUGCGCGCCAUAAAUCACAUCCUUACUCAUUCAAAUGAGUAUCGAAAACCAGAGAUCGUUCGAUUCAAAUUGGCCGCACUUCUGGGCGAAGGGUUGUUGUGUGUAGAAGGUGAACAGCACCGCCAACAGAGAAGGGUUAUGAAUCCCGCAUUUGGACCAGCCCAAAUACGUGAGCUGACUGAGAUUUUUGUUGAGAAAGCUGUUCAGUUGCGUGAUGUCUGGCGUCAAAGUGUAUGUAAGGAUGGCAACUCUGCUUGCAUCAACGUUAGCAGCGGACUAAGCAAGAUGGCAUUCGACGUCAUUGGGCUAGCAGGAUUUAAUUAUGACUUUGACAGCUUGAACUCUCAGAAGAAGCCAAGUGAGCUCACGAAUGCUUUCAAGGCACUCUUUUCACAAUCCACAUCAAAGCCUUCCAUCCUCCAAGUAUUGUCAUGCUAUGUGCCUUUCUUCCGUCCCAUUGCAAAGGCUGGUUCUGUCCAGAAGUCGAUAUCCAUUGCCCAUGACUUGAUGAAACACGUCGGCCUACAGAUCAUCAGAGACAGUGAAGCGGAUAUUAUGAGAAUGGCUGAGCUGAAAAACACCCACAAAAAAAAUGAGACCAUGCAGGGUCGUGAUUUGUUAACAGUGCUGAUCAAGGCGAACAUGGAUUCCAACAUUUCAGAGAGCCACAGAUUGUCUGACGAGGAAGUUCUGGCACAGAUUCUAACCUUUUUGGUCGCAGGUCAUGACACGACGAGCAAUGGAACGGCUUGGGCUCUUUAUGCAUUGAGCCAGGCACAGCAUGUACAACAGAAGCUGCGUGAGGAACUCUGGAGCGUCCCUACAGAUAACCCAACGAUGGAUGAGCUACUAGAACUCCCGUACCUCGAUGCUGUCAUACGCGAAACCCUGCGCCUGCACGCGCCUGUGGCCAUGGCCAAGCGUGUCGCAACGAAAGAUGACAUUAUUCCACUGCAAACACCGUAUACUGACACCCGUGGAAAGGUGCACGACAGCAUCAAAAUCCCUCAAGGUACCUAUGUCGACAUUCCAAUUCUAGCGAUCAAUAGAUCGAAGGCACUGUGGGGGGAAGAUGCUUUGGCGUUCAAGCCAGAGAGAUGGGACUCAAUACCUACGGAUGUGCAAUCUAUCCCCGGAGUUUGGGGCAAUAUGCUGAGCUUUCUUGGUGGCCCACGGUCCUGUAUUGGAUAUCGUUUCUCAAUCAUUGAGAUGAAGGCUCUUAUCUUCACUCUUAUUCGUGGAUUUGAAUUUGAGCUUGCCGUCCCCGCUAGCAGUAUAAGCGCGUCUCGGGGUCUGGUCCAGCGACCUCGCGUCCGCGGCGAGGAAGAGCAGGGUGCUCAAUUGCCCAUGCUUUUGAAGCCGUGUACGCCUCGAUUAUGA